AUGCUCGCCCUCGCUCUUCUCGCGACGCCCUCAACCGCCGCCUCUCGCCCCCGUCAGCGGCGCGGGGGUGCACUCAUCGACACGCGCAACCGCACCGACUUCAGCAUCAAGCUCGAGACCGACGCGCCGACGCUCGCCCUCGCGGCGUCUGCCUCGCGCAAACCCAACAAGGCCGCGGGGCUCCUGCUCCACCAAGACGUCCUCGGGGGUGGGUGGGCGCUGUUCGGUGCCUGGCCGGUCGUCGCCACCUUCCAUCCAACCUUCUCCUUCCCGUUCAACCUCUCCAAGUUCAGCGGCGCCGACUCGCGCGCCGCCGCCCCGACUACCCUCAAGCCCAUCGGCGCCGCGGCCGACGCCGAGCUCGCCUCCUUUGGCGAGGCUGCCGGCGCGGUCAAGAAUGGCGACGUCUCGCUCGCCGACUCCACCGCCAACUCCGUCGGUCUCACGUGCGGCGGCGGCGCCGCCCCUGUGUGGUGCGCGGAGCCGCCGCCGCCGCUCGCCGAGCUCUGCGUCUCUGAGGAUCCGAUCAAGGCCUCGGGCUCCACGAGCAACGAGACGGACUGCACGACCGCCACGGCCCACUCCAAAGGCGAGGCCGACAAGACGGACACAAAGGCCCGGAGGCUUGUCGAGACGGGCCUCGCCGGCGCGGGAGCUUUGCGGCUGGGGCGGGUCGCCUCGCUCGAGCCAUCCGCCGCACAAGUCCGCGUGGCCGCCGCCGCGCUGCUCGUCGGCAGGCUGAGCUGCGAUUUCGAGGGUGACACUUGCAUCUGGAACGACACCGCGCCGGACGGGUACACUUGGACGCGCACGAGCGGCGGCACGCCGUCGCCAGGCACAGGCCCGAGCGGCGACCACACCACUGGCUCGGGCUACUACAUCUUCACCGAGGCCACUGGAACGUACAACAAGCUGCACCGACUCGAGAGCCCGCGCUUCUCGCUCCAGCAGGACGCCACCCUCUCCUUCUUCUACCACAUGUACGACUCCCACAGCUCGGACAUGGGCACCCUCUCCGUCGAGACCUACAACAACGAGAUGGGCUGGUCGACGCUCUGGAGCAGGAAUGGCAACCAGGGCAAUAGCUGGCUCGACGCGGCGGUCAUCCUACCCGCCUCGACGACUCAGGUCCGCGCCGCGCUGGAGAUGGGCAAGCCGCUCGUGCUCGUCCACGAGGCAGACCCGGACAAGGGCGGAGGCACGCUCGCCGAGCUGCGAUCCGAGUGCCCCGAGGAGCUGCGGGCCGCCAUCUUUGACGCCGGCUGGCCGAUGGCGGUGUGGCAUCGGAUCGAGGCCUUCCAGCACGUCUCGCUCAAGGUCAUCGCCGAGGCGCUGCUGCUGAAGACGCCAAAGUUCGCGGGCGAGGACGAGCUGCCCCUGUGCAUCCCGGGCGAGGUCCGAGCCGUCGACCUCGCCCCUCCCAAGCCGGUGGUUCUCUGGGCCUCGACUUUGAACGCCGGGGCGCGAGAUCUCGCCGAUGCGGUCGCGGCGGCCGUGGCGGGCGGCGUCUCGAUCACCGACGCAACGCCCUCGCGCCUCUCCUCGCUGCCUAGCUCGAGCGUCGGCGACCGCGACGGCGACGAGGCGACGCACAUGCUGCUUUACCUGAACAGGGCGACGUGGGCCGGCGAUGGCGCCGAGGCGCUCGCAGAGCAGGUGCGCGCCGCGCGCCGCGCCAGGCUGCCGAUCGUCAUGGCGCACGAGAACGACGCCGCCUGCGGCGGCUGCAUCUUUGGGCACUUUUUCGAGGUGACGCCGCGCGACCUGAUCGCCGAUGGGCUGUACCACGACCUCGCCGUCGGUUGCCACUCGGGCCCGCACCGGCAGGUGUCGCUCGCCCUCCUCGCACAGGCGCUCGGCGCGACCAAGCAGACCGCUCAGUCGCGCGCGCGCCGCGCCACCGCCCUCGCUCUAGCGAUCCGCGACCCCUCUACACAAGCGGAGCCGACAAAUGGCGACGACGUUGUGGAAGCGUCAGCGACGCAGGACCGCCAGAUCGUCUGA